CACAGUUGUUAGUUCAGUCGUUGUGUGUGCCACGUCUCUUCUCUGUACUUCGUCUUUUGACUGGUUUUUACUAUUCAGUGUGUACCAACUGACCCAGAUAGCUACUCUACUUAAAUAUUACUACCUGACAUUCCUGCUGGGCUCUUCAUGUCGCAGGACGGACUCGUGCAACGCCGACGCGAUGACAGCGUGGCCUCUGGGAUAUCAGGUCUGCGGGUUGCUCUUGGCAUCCUAUCACUUCGCUGCGGUCAACAUGGUGGCGCCUGACGAGCCAGAGUUCGAGGAUAGCGACCAAAGAUUCUGCAGCAGAUACAAGUGCUGUCUUCAGGAGCCGGGCCAUCUGAACAUGGACUGCUCGGCCCGAAACGCCUCCGAGCUCCAAGGAGUCUCGGUUCCUGCACCGAUCGUGUCGCUGUCGCUGCAGCACAACAGCAUCUCGCAGCUACAGCCAGGCUCCUUCACGUUGGCGCCCACACUUUCGAGGCUUGACCUGUCGCACAACAAGAUCGCUUCUAUCUCACAAGGCUGGUGGCUGCCGAUCAGCGGCAACCAUAGUAACGCGACGUCGGGGCUCAAGUCCAGCAACGCGAUGCAGCUCGUCAACAGCUCUUCCUUCAACGGACUGAACACGCUCGUGGCACUCGACCUCAGCUACAACCGGAUCCGCAUCCUCAACGGCGAGAGCUUCGCGGGAUUGACGAAUCUCGAGGAACUCGUGGUGGACCACAACCCAAUCUACUAUUUGCGGGGCGACGCCUUCUCGCCUCUCCCGCGACUUCGCGUGCUUCAGAUGAACUACUUGGCGCACGUGGUAGUUCCUUCAACUGCCUUUCGUUUCGUGCCCCGCGUCAUGAGUCUAGGGCUGGCCGGUAACGGCCUCCGAAACGUGCCCCAGGGGGUCUUCCCGACGCUCAAGUCGCUGCGUUCUCUCGAUCUGAGCCGGAACCUGUUUAGAGUCAUCACCGGCUCGAACCUGCAUAGCUUGCCGAUGCUGAGCGUACUGCGUCUCAACGACCUGCACCAGCUAUCCAAGGUGGAUGCGCACGCCUUCGGAGUCCUGCCCAACCUGAAGGAGCUGCACCUCAGCUACAACCCGAAGCUGACGGAGGUAGCCAAGAACUUUAUUGUCUUGCCGCACGCUCGUCUUCUGUUGUUACCGGUGUUUAGCACCACUCGUGACAACAUUGCUCCCGAUAGUAUAUAUACAUUUUGCGGUCUUAUAGUACGAGCAAGCGGCCCCCAGCAGUCGUGCGACGUGCAGGUGGACCCGCAAGCCUUCCACAGCGACUUGCACGGCCACCGUGUGCAGCUUGACGAGCUUCACCUGCGCCACACGGGCCUGCGCAGCCUCUCCCCAAAGCUGCAGGACUGGAACCGACUCAAGGCCGUGGACCUGAGCGAGAACGCGUGGACGUGCGACUGUCGGCUCAGCUGGAUGGCGAACCUGGCGGCCAAGCUGCUGCCCGACCAAAGGCCCAAGUGCGCGGCACCACUCAGCCUGCAGGGGCGUCCCGUAGGUGACUUGCUGCCUUACGAGUUCUCGUGCGAAGAUGCCGGCUCGCCCGAGCUCACCUCGUCCAUCGUCCUGCUGUGCAUCAUCAUCGCGUCGGCAGCAGUCACUGUCGUCGGCAUGGUCAUCCACAAGCACUGCUCGCACCGACAGGCGCCAGGACAUUCGCGCAUUCUCGAGUCCACCGUCUGAUCCCAACGGGUGCACGCUUAGAGAGCUCACCGUAUCCUGCGCGAACAGUUCGCGCUGAGCCGUAUCAGUAAAUUGCGCCUCUGCAAUACCACAGAAGCCGCUCUUACCGCGAGAAGCUAGCCAUAAAACGACACGAACACGAAGGACGGGUGGUUACACCGCCCUGAAGGAACACCUCGCCAGAAGUUUCCGCUCCCGCUCACCGCGAACUCGUGGAUUUCGAAGGCGUCUGCUGAGGCAUAAUUGACGCACCACCGGCGGGAUUCUGGCCCCGAUUUAAGAAAUAAGACUUUUGACCACAGAAUUACCGAAAAUUGUGUUUUUUUGAAAGGAUACCCUUUCAGUUUAAGCUGAAUUAAUCUUUUUUCUUAAGUGUUCCAUUAAUUUGACCCCACACGGAUUCGAUACCUAUACAUCGACAAUAGAGGCUCUUCAAGUUCACACCGUUUCAAUUUCAGUGGGAGGCGUGCGUGCUCGAUGGCGUCAUGUAACAGUAAAUAACACGCGUGCUCGAAAGUGCCUGGCAUAUGCGCUUUAUUCUGUUUCCUUGUGCCUCACAAGGAAACAUCAUACAUUGGCAUCCUACAUUGUAUAUGUAUACAAUGCAGAUCAGCAAACGUUGGGUUCCGAGAGGGCGGCUUAAUACAAAAGCUCACAUUUGAAAGGCCUCUUCUUUGAAACAGAAGGGACAGGCAAGGGACAAAUAAGCAAGGGAUGUCAUUGUUUGGGUAGCUAAAAGCUUCUGAAAAGUAUUCCGAAAGUAGUUUGUAUGCCAGAGUGGUUCGUAAAUGAUUGUGCAGAGCAUGCUAUUAGCGAAGGUGCUCAGCUAAUGUCGAAGGAUCGCUUCGAAUAAAAAUGUGUGUGGAUUAUACCCCUGAUUCUAUGAAAUAUGG